AUGGCUGUUCCUGUGGAAGAGGCCAUUGCCGCCCUAUCUACAUUCUCACUCGAGGAUGAGCAAGCAGAGAUACAAGGACCGGGAAUUUGGGUUUCAACUGAUAGCGGCGCAACUGAUAGCCCAGUUGAGUAUAGCGAUGUUUCUGCAUAUCGCCUAUCUCUGUCAGAAGACACAAAAGCUCUCAAUCAGCUGAAUGCUCUUAUCCAAGAGGGGAAGGAGAUGGGAUCAGUGCUUUAUACAUAUCGCAGUUGUGUCAAGGCACUUCCUCAGCUUCCUGAUUCUAUGAAACAGAGUCAAGCUGACUUGUAUCUAGAAACAUAUCAAGUUCUGGACUUGGAAAUGAGUCGUCUACGUGAAAUACAGCGAUGGCAAGCAUCAGCUGCCGCAAAGCUAGCUGCAGAUAUGCAACGCUUUUCUAGGCCUGAACGACGUAUUAAUGGCCCUACAGUAACUCAUCUCUGGUCCAUGCUGAAGCUACUUGACACUCUGGUGCAACUUGAUCAUCUCAAAAAUGCAAAAGCUAGCAUACCUAAUGAUUUCUCUUGGUAUAAAAGGACAUUCACACAAGUAAGUGUACAGUGGCAUGAUACUGAUUCGAUGAGGGAGGAGUUAGAUGACUUACAGAUUUUCCUUAGCACAAGGUGGGCUAUCCUAUUGAAUUUGCAUGUUGAGAUGUUCCGCGUGAACAACGUAGAAGACAUCCUUCAAGUUCUUAUAGUCUUUGCUGUUGAGUCAUUAGAGCUGGAUUUUGCACUUCUGUUCCCUGAGCGGCACAUUCUUCUUCGUGUUUUGCCAAUUCUUGUUGUCUUAGCAACAUCAUCUGAAAAAGAUAGUGAGUCUUUGUACAAGAGAGUGAAAAUCACCAGGCUGAUCAAUAUAUUUAAGAAUGAUCCAGUAAUACCUGCAUUUCCAGAUCUCCAUCUUUCUCCUGCUGCAAUCAUGAAAGAAUUGUCAAUAUACUUCCAGAAGUUUUCCACCCAAACUCGUCUUCUCAGUCUUCCAUCACCUCAUGAGCUUCCAUCUCGCGAGGCACAAGAAUAUCCUUUGUUAUAUUUAUUUAUUUUUAUAAUGCAAUUGAAAUCCAUGUUUCUAAAACUUGUGUUAUUUGCCACAGUUGGUUGGAACAACUUAUUAUUGCUGAAGUCAACAGACAGUGCCGAUAUUGACUGGUGCAAAGAAGUGAAGGGAAAUAUAUAUGAUAUGGUUGUUGAAGGUUUUCAGCUUCUAAGUAGAUGGACUGCACGCAUUUGGGAACAAUGCGCAUGGAAGUUUUCUCGCCCCUGCAAAGAUAUAGUUCCUUCCGAAUCACAAGAGGCUUCAGCAUCAUUUUCAGACUAUGAAAAGGUGGUACGAUAUAAUUAUAGUGCAGAGGAAAGGAAAGCACUGGUUGAACUUGUUAGCUACAUAAAGAGCAUUGGAUCAAUGAUGCAGUGCAGCGACACAUUGGUAGCGGAUGCUUUAUGGGAGACAAUUCAUGCUGAGGUCCAGGAUUUUGUUCAGAAUACAUUGGCCACUAUGUUGCGAACUACCUUCCGAAAGAAAAAGGACCUUUCUAGGAUCCUUUCUGAUAUGCGGACUCUUUCGGCAGACUGGAUGGCAAAUACAAGCAAGUCUGAGUCUGGAUCCCUACAACAAGGGGGUGAAGAAAGCAAAGCAAACUUUUUCUACCCAAGGCCGGUUGCACCAACAGCUGCUCAGGUCCACUGCUUGCAGUUCCUUAUAUAUGAACUGGUGUCUGGCGGUAAUCUUAGGAAGCCUGGAGGGCUCUUUGGGAAUAGUGGAUCGGAGAUUCCUGUUAAUGAUCUAAAACAGUUGGAAACAUUUUUUUACAAGCUUAGCUUCUUCCUGCAUAUGUUGGACUACUCAGUGACAGUGGCCACGUUGACAGAUCUUGGUUUCUUAUGGUUUAGAGAAUUUUAUUUGGAGUCUUCUCGUGUUAUUCAGUUUCCCAUUGAAUGCUCUCUACCCUGGAUGUUGGUGGAUUACGUGCUUGAGUCACACAAUGCAGGUAUUCUAGAGAGUGUUUUGAUGCCAUUUGACAUCUAUAAUGAUUCAGCUCAGCAAGCACUGGUUUUGCUCAAGCAACGAUUCCUUUAUGAUGAAAUUGAGGCUGAGGUGGACCAUUGUUUUGAUAUAUUUGUUUCAAAGCUUUGUGAUAGUAUUUUCACAUACUACAAGAGCUGGGCAGCAAGUGAGCUACUUGAUACGUCAUUCCUCUUUGCAUUGGACAACGGAGAAAAAUAUUCUGUUGAGCCUAUGAGGUUCACCGCACUACUAAAGAUGACCAGAGUGAAGUUGCUUGGGAGGAUGAUUGAUUUGAGAAGUUUACUUGCUGAGCGGAUGAACAAAGUUUUCAGAGAUAAUAUCGAGUUUCUAUUUGAUCGUUUUGAGUCUCAGGAUUUAUGUGCUAUUGUGGAAUUAGAAAAUCUGCUGGAUAUCUUGAAGCAUGCCCAUGGAUUGCUGUCCAGAGAUCUCUCAAUAGACUCGUUCAGUCUCAUGUUGAAUGAGAUGCAAGAAAACAUAUCUCUUGUGUCAUAUUGUAGUCGACUUGCUUCCCAGAUUUGGUCAGAGAUGCAAAAUGAUUUCUUGCCAAAUUUCAUCCUUUGCAAUACUACCCAGCGUUUCAUCCGAUCAUCAAAGGUUCCUCUUGUUCCUAUUCAAAAGCCAUCAGUUCCCUAUGCCAAGCCUAAUUUCUAUUGUGGUACUCAAGACUUAAAUGCAGCUCAUCAGAGUUUUGCACGGUUGCACAGUGGAUUUUUUGGGAUGCCCCACAUUUUUUCAAUUGUUAGGCUUCUAGGGUCUAGAUCAUUGCCCUGGCUAAUUCGAGCACUUCUAGAUCAUAUAUCAAACAAGAUAGCUACACUGGAACCAAUGAUAACAGGACUGCAGGAAGCAUUGCCAAAGUCUAUUGGAUUGCUUCCCUUUGAUGGAGGCGUGACAGGUUGUAUGAGGCUUGUUAAAGAACAACUUAAUUGGGGAACUAAAUCACAGCUCAAAGCAGAAGUUCUUCGGGGGAUAAAGGAGAUUGGAAGUGUAUUGUAUUGGCUGGGGCUUCUUGAUAUCGUGCUGAGAGAAACAGAUACCACACACUUCAUGCAAACAGCCCCUUGGUUGGGGUUGCUUCCUGGUGCAGAUGGACAAAUAUUGCAUUCUCAAGAUGGUGGAGAAAGCCCAAUCGUCAACCUCUUUAAAUCAGCUACUUUUGUAAUUGUGUCAAACCCUGGGUGCCCAAACCCACCUUCCUUCCACACCUUAUCAAAACAGGCAGAAGCUGCAGAUCUUUUGUACAAGGCUAACAUGAAUACUGGAAGUGUGCUGGAAUAUGCCUUAGCUUUUACUAGUGCGGCUCUGGACAAAUAUUGUAGUAAAUGGAGCGCUGUUCCCAAAACAGGGUUCAUUGACAUCACAACUUCGAAGGAUUUCUAUCGUAUAUACAGUGGUCUUCAAAUUUGGUAUCUAGAGGAUUCUGUUCGGGUACCACCAAGCAGUCAUGAAGUGCUGGGUGAUUCUGUAGCUUGGGGUGGCUGCACCAUAAUAUACUUACUCGGGCAACAGCUGCAUUUUGAGCUCUUGGAUUUUUCAUACCAGGUCCUCAAUGUUGCCGAAGUGGAGAUUGCAUCAAUUACCCAAACCCAUAAGAGCCCUCAUUUUUUCCAGGGAUGGGACGGCCUGUUAGAAGUAAUGAAGAAAGCAAGGAGGCUAAACAAUCACGUGUUCUCCAUGUUAAAGGCACGGUGCCCGCUUGAAGACAGGACAGCUUGUGCCAUCAAGCAAAGUGGUGCCCCUCUGCAUCGGAUCAAGUUCGAGAACACCGUCUCAGCAUUUGAAACACUUCCACAGAAAGAGGCCUGA